AUGACUGAGUCAUCUACAGCUGACGUCGUAUUGUCAUCAACCCCCGCUCCGGGUGUUCGACUUCUUCAACUCAACCGCCCAGAGAAGCGCAAUGCACUGUCCCAGCUUCUGAUCCGCUCUCUUCUCUCUGAGCUCAGUAAGGCAUCUGCGGAUGAUGCCAUCUUCUCCAUCAUUCUCACCGGAAAUGGUCCCUUUUUUUGCGCCGGUGCGGAUCUGAAUGACAUCGCCCCUCUUGACGAAGCAGGCGCCAGAGCUUGUCGCUAUCUGGAGGACCUCUGCGCUGGCUUUGCAGCUGUCAAGAAGCCCAUCAUCGCCGCCGUCAACGGCCCUGCUAGCGAUUUGAUCCUUGCGGCCCAGCCCGCGUACUUUGUCCUCCCAGAGACCAAGAUUGGGCUCAUCCCCGGCGCCGGCGGUACCCAACGGCUGACAGCGGCCAUCGGCAAGUACAAGGCCAUGCGCAGCAUCUUGCUGGCCGAGCCCAUGACUGCCGAGGAGGCCAUGGCCGCCAGCCUCGUCGCUAGUGUAGUCAGCCCCGACACCCUGACCCAGCACGCCUUCGAGAUGGCCUCCAAGUUCACUGCCGACAACAGACAGGCCGUUGCCUUUGCCAAGCAGGCCAUCUGCAGAGCGGAUGAUCUCUGCCGCGACGACGCCUUUGAGCGAAAUCUGUACUACACCGCGUUCGGAACCAAUGAGAAAAGGCGCGGGGUCGACGACUUCUUGACCGCUCGUCGCAAAAAGGCAUGA